UACGUCAUCUAAGUGCGACGGGAUUUCAAACAAACGACAGCGACGCAGUGCUGGACAACUUCUGUGACAGAGUUUGUGAUCGCUCCAGAGAGGUCACAUGGCUGUUUCCGCAAUGGCUGCCUCCCGAGAACGCUCUGCGGCAUCCAAGACCAGUUUCAUACCUGAGAUACAGGGCAUGAUGUUUGCCCUGGGAGACGCUCGUAGGCCGCUGCACGAGACAGCAGCCCUGGUGGAGGACAUUGUGCAUACACAGCUUAUCACCAUGCUCCAUCAGGCCAGCGAGGGAGCCACCCUCCGAGGUUCAAGGGUCAUCGCCGUGGAGGACAUCCUCUUCCUGAUGCGCAGAGACAAGAGAAAGGUGUCAAGGCUGUUGAAGUAUCUCCAAUUCCGUGACUAUAAGUCAAAGCUUCUCAAGGGCCUGGACGAUGAUGACGGGCAGCCGGAGCAAGGCGCGGGGUCGUCGAGCACGGUCGCCGGGGGCAACCAACGUCGCCAGCGUCUGGCUCAGGAUUACCUGUUGUGGAUGGACCACACGGGCGAGCUCCUGUCCCUGGCCGAGCGGCAGGAAAUGGACCCCGUCAAGCAAGAGAGGCUGGAGCGUCUGGAGCGUCACAGCAGAGCCAUGGACCAGACGCAGUACGCCGAAUUCUGUGAGAGUCGACAGCUCAGCUUUGCCAAGAAAGCAUCCAAGUUCCGCGACUGGCUGGAUUGCAGCAGUCUGGACCUCAAACCCAACGCCGUCGCCAUGGAGAUACUGUCCUACCUGGCCUAUGAAACUGUCGCCCAGAUUGUGGACUUGUCUCUGCUGGUGAAGCAGGAGAUGGUGGCAAAAACCAACGCCGUCACUCACGUCAUCUCGGCCAGCCACAUACACUACAACACACACACCGAGGUUAAGAAAGAAUCGGAGUCGCCCGAAGCCACGCCUCCCUCCACUCCCGGGUCCUCGCACUCUUCCAAGCCCCUCCUCCAAGGCAACGGAAGCCUGGAGGGGCGAGCGCGGCAGAGGAAACGUAAAAAGAGCUGUCCUGCUGCGGCGGAACCUCCCAGCGGCGCCAUCCAGGUUUGUCACAUCCGAGAGGCCAUCAGAAGAUACAACUACCGACACACCAGUGCCUACAGGAGGAACGGGAUGGCUUACCUGGCCUGUUGACCCCCCCCUCCACCCAUGGAAAACAGACUUUUUUUCUUCUUCUGCUCAAGUUUGGUUAACAUCGCUUAUCAUCCACAAUCCGGCGUUGCGGAAAUAAACCGCGCGGGUUGCAAAAACAAA